UUCAAGUGUACCUUUGGAUGGCGUCGAGGCCCGGAGCUCUAACGGAGUGGAGUCCCCUUGGUAGCUUCAAGUACCUCUUGGUGGCCCCGUUUGUAAUGUCGAGCAUGCACUCGUACGUGACGGCUGAAGAUGAGGAGAAGGACCUCUGGAGACUGAUGAUAGUGGCGUUGUUGCUGUGGAGAAUAAUUCACAGCCAGAUAUGGAUCAGUGUGUCGCGUCAGAGAACGGUCGUGGGGAGAAGGAAGAUCGUGGACAAGCACAUUAUUGAGUUCGAGCAAGUGGACCGAGUCAUCUUCAACACUCUCCACAUGUACCUAGCCAACAUGAAGCUCCCAGGCUUCUCCCGCCUUCCCCUCAGGAGAUUAGACGGAGCCAUCCUCGUGGCUUUGCUUCACGCUGGCCCGGUCGAAGCUCUCCACCACCACUUCCUCUACUCUCGCUACCAUUCUCACCACCACUCAUCCAUCGCCACCGAGCCCAUCACGUGUACGACUGUGGUGCACCCCUUCGCCGAGCAUAUCGUCUACAUACUACUCAUCUCCCGACCCAUGGUAACGGCGUCCCUGUGUGGGAUCAUGUCCGUUGCUCCUGUCAUGGUAUACAUGACUUAUGUUGACUUCAUGAACAACAUGGGACAUUGCAACUUUGAGUUUUUCCCUAAGCAUCUCUUCCACCUCUUCCCUUCCCUCAAGUUCCUCUGCUACACCCCCUCGUUCCACUCGUUUCAUCACACACAAAUCCGGACCAACUACUCUCUGUUCAUGCCAAUGUACGACUAUAUCUACGGGACAACCAACAAGUGGAGCGAGUCGCUGUACGAGAGGUCGUUCGAGAGAGAGGAGGAAUCACCUGACGUCAUCCACCUCACUCACCUCACCACACUCGACUCCAUCUACCAAAUGCGCCUUGGCUUCCCGUCCUUCUCCUCCCACCCCUUGUGGUCACGAUCCCCAUGGUACCUCACCUUCUUCAUGUGGCCCUUCACUCUCCUCUUCUCAUUCGUCCCCACCUCUGCUUUCUCCUCCCGCACCUUUGUCUUUGAGAGCAACCGUAUCCGUAACCUCACCAUUCACUCUCGGUACCUUCUUCCCAAGUUUACCUUCCACAAUUUGCAUCUUUCCAACAAAUAUUGCAACAUAAACAUACGGCGCCAGUAUAAAUCUCAGCGCCACCGUGAGAGCAUCAACAAUAUCAUCGAGGCAGCUAUCCUCGAAGCAGAUGAAAAGGGUGUGAGAGUAAUGAGCCUUGGCCUGCUGAAC